AUGAGAUACUUAAUAAUUUUUUUUUUUUAUGUACUAUUAAUUUUCAUUUUAUUAGGUUUUAAUUUAUCUUUCGCAAGUUUUAUUUCUUUUCAAAAUUUAAGUUCAUUGAAAGAACUUGACUCAAAAUUAGAAAAUUAUAAAAAAAAGAAAAAACUAUUAUUAUCAUUUACAGAUAUAGCAUUAGCAUUUUCACUAGGAACACUAAUUAGUGGAUUACUAUAUUUAACCUUAAGAUUUUCAAAUAAGAAAAAAAAAUCAUUGAAUAAAAUAUCUACAAGGAAUAUUUUAAAAUGGUUAACAAAUGAAGGAUAUAAAGGAAAUGAUACAUAUGAAAAUGAUACAUAUGAAAAUGAUACAUAUGAAGAUGAAACAUAUGAAAAUGAGAUAAAUGAUAAUGAGAUAAAUGAUAAUGAAGAAAAUAUAAGACAUUCUAUGCUAAUAGGUGAUUCUGAUACAUGUGAGAAAAAAUCACAUGAUGAAAGUAAACCUUGUUAUAUAUCUUGUUGUGAGAUUUUAAAGUUCAGGGAUAUAUCAUUGGGUAAUAUUAAAAUAGAUCCCACAGAAUCAAAAACAGAUGAAAAAUAA